AUGGAAGUAGUCACCGUCAGGCACUGGUUGAAAUGCCCAGUCCGCUACCAGGCCUGGUUUGCAGGGAAGGACCUGGAGGAGUGCAAGGAGGAGCACUCCUUAUUCACCCUGCCGGGGCCCUCCGUUGCGGGGCUGAAACUGGGCAGAGAGGGAGCUGCCACUGGAGAAAGGCUGGGAGCCUGCUUUCCAGUCAGCACGGGCUCUCAGAUGGACCAGCAUGGCCUUUUCUCCGGGAGCUUCACUCGACAGUACAAGCUGCCAGAUGGGCUGCAAGUGAGAGGCCUGAGUGCUGUGUUGUGUCACGGUGGGAUUCUGGUGAUGGAGACGAGACCCUGA